AUGAACCCAGUGUCGAGGAAUGCGCUCUUUGAUCAGACUGGCCUUGACUUCUUUGCGAAGAACACCGGGGAUCUUGAGCUGGCAAAUGUCGUUUUUCAACUGAAACCCUUGGCCAGGGUCCCGUUCGCCAGACAUGAGCUGGAGGCAACAGUCGAGAAGAUCGACGUGCUUGGACUUUUCCUCGACAUAGAACUUAUUCUUGCCGCCUGGGUUACUGACUAG